AUGUAUUUCACGUUAUUUCAGAAUGAUAAGCCGCAUUUUAAAUUUAUCGAAAUGCACUAUUCAUUGUUAAAAGCAAGCCAUGAAGUUUACAAAAAUAUGAACCUAAUGCUUGAAUCAUUUUUUGCAUUUACGGAACAUGAUAGCAAAUUAUUACAGCUUCGUAUCAAGACAUGGAUCUUAGCAGAAUUUUGGCUGAAAAAAGCGAUAAAGGACACGGCAGAAUUUUUGAAGAGAGUUAGAAAUGACUAUUUGAGUCAUUUCCUAAGCGAUUUAACUGAGGAUAUAGAGCAAAAUCUGUCUUUUUGGCUUACUCAUGAAAAAGGGCAACUUAAAAGAUAUGGCGAUGCAAAAACUUCUUACAAGUUAACGAUUUUAACACGCAUUAACGCCGGGAAAGUGUUAUUAGCAUAUACACGAAUGAAGAAGCAUUUCCCAGCCUUCAUUUUUGGUAGAGAUGAAGAGUAUUUUAAAGAAAAAGCUCAGAUAUUGGCUGAAACGUAUAAGGAAGAAUUGGGAUUAAAAUCAAAAGAUUUUCAAAAAGAUAUGAGCGAGAAGAUAAAAGAGAAGUUUAAAGAGCUUAAAGAAGAUAAACAUUCAACAUCUGGAAAUUAGAAGAGAGAUAUUUUAUGAGUCAUUAAACUAAAAGUGAUUGAUCCAUUGAAAUUGAGAUACUUGAAGUGAUGUGUACAUAUUGGGCGUUCUUAUUCUCUUGUUAAACUCAUAUUGAGUUCACGUAUCUUUACAAGACACAUACUUUUCGUGAUAUAAUUUUCCUCCGUAACCCUAAAAAAAUAUUUUUUAAACGAUUUCAUAUACUAAAUUUUCCCCCUUCCCAUGUACAUUUUCCCUUUACAUGUAAUUUUCCCCCUUCCGAUCAACCUAC